UGUAUCAUCAUUAGGUUCAAUUUCGUUUAUUGCAGUAGGCUAUUGCAUAAUUUUAUAGUUCAGUAGUUUAGAUGAAUAAAAUAAAGAAGCAAUAUCAAUCAUUAAGUGAGACUUCUGACACAUAAACAUGACAGAUUUGCAAGAACUCUGUGAAAAUGUUAAAAUGGGUCGUGAAUAUGCUCUUUUGGGAAAUUAUGACACUGCAGUGGUUUAUUAUCAGGGGGUAUUGCAACAAAUUCAAAAACAUUUGGUUUCACUAAAAGAUGUUUCCAAACGAAAUAUGUGGCAACAAGUUCGGCAAGAAUUCUCUCAGGAAUAUGAACAUGUCAAGGGUAUUUCGAACACUUUAGCCAGUUUUAGAUCAGAUGGAAGUUACCCUCAAUCGAACCGACCUAGUAGAGGAGCCGCUUAUGAGGAACCAACUAGGGAUCCAGAUGUUUGGCCACCACCUACACCUGCGGAAAAUCAGGGCCGACCUGCUCCUAAUUAUGGAGGGAAUCGACGCAAUGUACAGCCAGCAAGAGACAGACCUGGAGUGCGUGAUGUCAAACCAUCUGGACCAGAUAGACGUGCUGUUGCUGCAAGACCUGCUGGAAAUCGUGGUGGUGCAGUUGGCAGAAGUAGUGAUGACAAAUAUUCAGCAAAGAGACCUGCAGACAGAGUUAAAAAAGUUGAGAAAGGUCGAGCGAGCUCACCAAAAAGACAGCAAGGCUCUGAAGAUGAACCAAAAUUUGAUGCUACUGGUUAUGAUAAAGAUCUUGUGGAAGCAUUGGAAAGAGAUAUAAUUCAACGACAUCCAAAUAUACAUUGGGGUGAUAUAGCAGGUUUGGAAGAAGCUAAGAAAUUACUACAAGAAGCUGUAAUUUUACCUCUCAUUAUGCCAGAUUUUUUCAAAGGCAUCAGAAGACCAUGGAAAGGUAUAUUGAUGGUUGGCCCACCAGGCACAGGAAAGACGCUUCUUGCUAAAGCAGUUGCCACAGAAUGUAAAACGACUUUCUUCAAUGUGUCAUCAUCUUCUCUUAGUUCAAAAAAUAUAGAGGAGAAUCAGAAACUUGUCAGAUUGUUAUUUGAAAUGGCAAGAUUUUAUGCGCCAAGCACAAUAUUUAUAGAUGAAAUUGAUUCAAUUGGAAGCAAAAGAGGCACGGGUGAUGAACACGAAACUAGCAGGAGAGUGAAAGCAGAACUUCUGAUACAGAUGGAUGGUGUUGGAGGUGUAUCUGGAGGAGAAGAUGCCACAAAAAUGGUCAUGGUUCUUGCUGCAACUAACUUUCCAUGGGAUAUUGAUGAAGCUUUGAAAAGAAGAUUAGAAAAGAGAAUUUAUAUUCCAUUGCCUGAUGCUCUUGCUCGGGAAAGUUUACUUAAAAUCAAUCUAAAAGAAGUGGAGAUAGCUGAUGAUGUCAAUCUAAAAUUAAUUGCCGAUAAGCUUGAAGGAUAUUCUGGAGCUGAUUUAACAAACGUCUGCAGGGAUGCUUCACUCAUGUCUAUGCGUCGCCGUAUCGCCGACCUCAAGCCUGACCAGAUACGUGCUUUACCAAAAGCUGAGCUGCAUAUGCCUGUCACAGCAGAAGAUUUUCAGGAUGCCAGUAAGAAAGUUUCCAAGUCUGUAUCAGCAGAAGAUCUUAAGAAAUACGAAGCUUGGAUGAAUGAAUUUGGAUCCACAUAACUAGUUUCCCGAACUAGUGCGUUUCGAUCAUUUGUAACACCUGGAAUUGUAAGGGUCAAAUUGUUGUUAUUUUCCUGAUUGACAGUUGAAACUAUACCAUGUUUAUUUCCAUUUAUUCUGAAGAAUUUCAAACUAUUGAUUUAUUUGAAUCUUAAAACGCGGUUUAGUUUCAUUGAAUUUGUACAUGUCCGACCUAUUAUAAUAUUAUGAUUGACUGCGAGGGUCAGCGUUGGUAUGUCGCUCUGAUUGCUCAUUUACUUAUGAUCGGUCCCACUGUACCUAUAGAUAGAACGAGAUGAAGUAGUCGUUUUUGUUUUUGGUGAAAGAUUCACCAUUUAUUACGCGCAUCUGGUACUAGUACAUAUGUUUUCCAGGAGUUGAAGAAAUUCAUUUAUAUUAUUUCACUGUAUUUUAUACAAAACAUUGUGUUUUGGUGCCACUCAACUGUGCCUAGUUAGCAAUUAUUUUGUUCCAUUUCUUUAGUUUUAAUAAACUAAACGCACUGAA